AGUGCGUUAUUUUUGCAAGCGAUUUGAGAUCAGUUUCUUCGUAUAUGCAGCGCAGCUGUACUGUACACAACACACGGAUAACAGUGCAGGGACAACUGUGCUUGAGAAGCAGGAGACUCCAUCCGUGCCUUUGUUGCAUAGGAAUCAAGUGAAUUAAAGACAUAGAAACAUUGUGAAGUCCCGCAAUGGCCUGUCUUGCUAGUCUGUCACGUGCGAGUGCUACAGCAGCAUCUCUAAAGCCUCUGCUACAUCAUGAAGGCAGCUUCUUCAGACAUUCUCGAGUACUGUUCAGUAAUCUCUCACAUGGAAAACCCCAAUGGCAAGAAAGAACCAUGACAGGACACAAUACCCUUGACAGUUUGUCCACCCAUAACCUUGUUUCGAACAGUAUCUCAACCCUGAGGUCACUUUCGACGUCCUCGGGGUGCUUGAAGUCGGCGACGUCGAGAGCAGAACUGAAGAACAGUAAAAUAAUUGUCCUGAAGCUGGGUAGUGCGGUGAUUACAAGAGAUGAUGAAUGUGGGUUGGCACUUGGAAGGUUGGCAUCUAUAGUUGAACAGGUUUCAGUGUUACAGUCAUCAGGGAGGCAGGUUGUGCUGGUAACAAGUGGAGCUGUAGCAUUUGGAAAGCAGAGGCUACGGCAUGAAGUUAUGCUUUCAAAGAGCAUCAAGCAAACUCUUGCUCCAAAUACUUCUAGUAUUAUUCAGAUGGACUCUCGAGCCUGUGCUGCUGCUGGACAGAGUGGUCUCAUGUCUUUGUAUGAAGCAAUGUUCUCCCAGUAUGGACUUACCACCGCUCAGGUGCUGGUGACCAAACCCGACUUCUACCAUGACUACACUCGAAGCAAUCUCAGGGGGACCAUGCAGGAACUCUUGAGAAUGAACAUCAUCCCCAUCAUCAACUCCAACGAUGCAGUUGUUCCUCCCCCAGAGGAAGACAAGGAUUUGGCUGGGGUAAGAACAGGGGUGAUAAGCAUCAAAGAUAAUGAUAGCCUUGCAGCUCGUCUUGCCAUUGAGAUCAACGCUGAUCUUCUUGUCCUCCUCUCUGAUGUUGACGGGAUCUUCUCUGCUCCACCUGGUCAAGAGGGGGCGUCCUUCUUAGAUACUGUGUACCCUGGAGACACGGCUUUCAUUGAGUUUAGUGGGAAGUCGCGUGUUGGGCUUGGUGGUAUGGAAUCAAAGGUCAAAGCAGCAAACUGGGCUCUGGAGCGCGGCUGCUCUGUCGUGAUAGGAAAUGGAAUGAACAGGGAUGACAUCGUACUGAACAUCCUGAAUGGACGGAAGGUGGGUACCUUCUUCACGGAGACCAAACCUACCGGUGUUUCCCCAGAGAACCAGGCCAUCAAGGCUCGGGAAGGAGGAAGACUACUCCAAUCACUCAGUCCAGAACAGAGAGCUGAGAUUAUAGAACGUCUAGCUGACCUCUUGAUAGAAAGGUCAUCAACAAUCAUGGCGGCUAACAGAAGAGACAUUGACGAGGCUAGGAUAAGCAAUAUGACAGGACCUAACCUUGCCAGGUUAGCCCUGACUGAUGCUAAGCUGAAGAGCCUAUCUGAUGGUCUAAGACAGAUAGCAGCCACCUCACACAAGAAUGUUGGUCGUGAGAUCAAGAGGACAUUACUCUCCGAUGACAUGUUGCUGCGACAGGUGACGGUACCCAUCGGUGUCCUGAUGGUUAUCUUUGAGUCCAGGCCAGACUGUUUGCCUCAGGUGGCGGCACUGGCCAUCAGCAGUGCCAAUGGUCUGCUCUUAAAGGGAGGCAAGGAAGCAAGCUACAGUAAUGAAGUUCUUCAUUCACUUGUAGAAGAAGCUCUUGAACUUCAUGAUGCCAAAGAUGCUGUGGCACUGAUCAGUACAAGAGAGCAGGUUGGUGAUUUGUUGAAGAUGUCUGAUGACAUUGACCUUGUGAUCCCGAGAGGUUCUAAGGAGAUGGUUCAACUGAUACAGCAACAGAGUGAAGGUAUCCCUGUCCUAGGACACAGUGAAGGAAUCUGUCAUGUCUUCAUUGAUGAGGAAGCUGAACCUGAUAUGGCUCUCAAGAUUAUUCGUGAUUCAAAAUGCGAUUACCCUGCUGCCUGCAAUGCCAUGGAAACACUUCUCAUCCACAAGAAAUUCAGACAUACUCAAUUCUUUGAAGAUAUCCUGGAUAUGCUUAGAGCUGAAAAUGUCAAAUUCAACCCUGGCCCUCGCUUGGCCCGUUCCCUCAAGUUUGGCCCACGUGAAGCAGACUCCAUGAGCAUAGAGUACGGUGCUUUAGAGUGUGCAGUGGAGAUUGUUGAUGACGUCACAGCUGCUAUCAAUCAUAUUCACAAACAUGGCAGCUCGCAUACUGAUGUCAUUGUCACAAAUAAUAAGGAAUCAGCUGAUCAAUUCUUGAAUAAUUUGGACAGUGCCUGUGUCUUCCACAAUGCCAGUACUCGCUUCUCAGAUGGUUACCGCUUUGGAUUAGGAGCUGAAGUUGGUAUAAGCACCACCAGGAUCCACGCCCGAGGGCCCGUCGGUGUGGAGGGUCUCCUUACCACCAAGUGGAUCCUUGAGGGAUCUGGAGACACUGUGCAGGAGUAUGCAGCAGGAGGCACCAAGAUGUUUGUGCAUAAGGAACUGGAGGUGGAGAAUGGAAAUGACAUCCUGGAGUCGUCAACAGCAUAGAGGUUCUGGAGAGCAGGAAAUAUACAUCGCUCAGUUGAAGUGGACCAUAAUGACAAUAAUGGCUUCUGAAUUGUCAUUUUGCCUUAGUCCUUUAAUUUCUCUCUGUCCAUAGCCAAGUUGUCCAACGUUAAUUAUUUAUAUAGGAUUUUAGAAAAGGCAUACUGAAUUUUUUUUGGAGGUGCAAACACUGAAAAAAAAUCUUUAGAUAUUUCCUUCAAACUUUGCUUUCCUUUGAGAAGUUUUGAAGCAUACCUGGCGCCUGUUUCACAAAGCUGUUCAUAAGUUAUGCUUGACUUAACACAAGAUUGGUGAUCUUUUAUUCUGAUGAAUACCUCCACUUUGUCCCAUUUUUAACUAACAUAAUGAAAAUGCAUUUCCUUCAUGAAUUGCGUAAGCCUAAUUGAGUUUGGAAUUUGUUUAGUUUUCUGUUCUGAUACUGUAAUUAAUAUUUCAAUUAACAAAGAUCAAAGUUUGAAUACCGGUAAAGCUGAAGAGGAUGAUUGAGAAAUGAUCACCAGUCGUGCGUAAAGUUGCCCAUAACUUUAAACAGCUUUUUAUGACAUGGCACCCAGUUGUGCAUUAAUUUCUGUUGUGUUGUGAAUUGUGAUGGAGAAAUUUAUGUGUUCAUUUUAGCUGUGCAAAUGUAACUGUAUUGUACUGCUAGCAUUGAAUGUGCCAAAUAAUGACCUGAACUGGACAUUUUUCAGUUCGGUCCAUAUUUUUCUCAAUUACCCUGAUGAGUUUUACCAUUUUAUUUAUGAGUUCAUGCAAAUAUUGUCGUUUUGAGAUGCUGCUCAUUAUCACAGUUUUCAUUCAGUGCUGUGUUCUCUGAAAGCCAACAAAUUCUUUUAUGUUUCCAAAUCCUACUUGAUAUGAAAAACUGUAUUGAUCCAGAACCGUCAUUAUUCUGUGCAAUAUCUGCUACUUUGUAGUGUGUCUGUGACAUCCGUAGACCUUGAGUUUAUUUGGCUGAUAACUGAAAACAACCUAUUUGAUGGUAUUUAUUAGUCAGCUAUUAAUUAAAGAGGGGUUAAGAUACAUGCAAAAUAAUCAACUAGAAGUAAAAUAGCAGACUUAAGAUUUUGUUAUUAUAUCAUUAAAAUGGAAGGAUUCAAGGCACAAUCAUACACUGUUACAUGUUAUGUUGGGCAAUUGGAAGUAUGAAAAUUUACAUCUAUAGCUUAGAAAAGAUUAUGGACUCGAGAUUUUAGUCAAGUAUGCUUUGAAUAGAAUCUUUUAUUUUUAGAGAAUUGUUUUCUUUGUCAUUUGUUUCAUGGAUUCGAGAGUUCUAUUAGGAUCCAUGUUUGUAUGCAUAAAUAAGAGGAGAAUACUACCUGUAGGUAGAUUUGAAUUUAGGGUAUAGAAUGUAUCUAAUUUCAUUAUUGAUAUUUCAUUGUUUUAAUUGUAUUUUUUUUUCAUUUGACUUAUAUUCUGCUCAUCAGCAUUAUGCACAAUCAUUACUUAUAAAAUCCUGCACAAUUCCUUUGCUUGUUAACUUAACUAUUUUGGAAGAAAAUAUUGGACAUGUGAUGUGUGAUGCUGGUAAAGAAAUGUUUAUUAAAUAGCGUCAUACAUACACAUUCAAAACUUUUCUUUUUCUGUCUGUUAUUGUUAUGUUUAAAGUGAAAUUUUGAGGAUACAAACAAUGACUUGAUGCAUGGAGGCAAGCUUA